AGGAGGCUCGGAGAGCAACUUUCUGAAGAGAAUUCCGCCUCAAGACACAGCGAGCGCCGUGACAUCGGGGGGAGUAGCAGUGAAGUUCAUUGAUGCAGUCCAGAAAUAUGGCGGCUGGUGCAGUGACCAUCUUGUUAGCCCUGCUGAUCCACCGAGCAGAAGCAGACGAAUUCACACUGGCGGAUGCUCUGCAGUCCAAUGGAAGCAGAUGUGGAGAGAACGGGAAACUCUAUCCAAGCGAAUUCAGUGUCCCAGAGAUGUACUGGCAGGCUUUCGGAGCCCCCUGUUCCUGCGACCCGCUGUGUGCCCCUUACAAAGACUGCUGCCAGAACUCAGAACACUUCGCAGCUGAGGACCAAGUCUGGGGGUCCUCGCCACAGUCUUGCUUCAACGUGAGCGAAAGGGACCCCUACUUCAGCAUGAAGAAGUCAUGUCCUGCCAGCUGGGAUGACGAUGAAACUCGUUCCAAGUGCCAGGGACACCCCGACUUCCCCCUGACGAGCAGUUGGACACUUGUCACUUACUUAAACAUGUACUGCGCGGAGUGCAACCGUGACUUCCACCCUGACACAGACACUCUCUGGCCUGCUGAAUAUCGUUGCCAUGGUGAUGGUGCCUUUCGUUAUGAAGUACGUGUUGAUUCCGGCGAAAAUGACACAACGGAUGUGAAUAUCAGUACAUGGAAUCUAACACACUCCGAUAACUUCCACUACAGAUAUCCUGUUAAUGCAUUUGUCUUUCUACACUCCUACUUCGUUCCAGAAGACUUGACUCUAUAUGACCCACGCUCUAGACCAAAUUUCCUCAAAACGGAAGACGAAAAUCCGCCCAAAGAACACAAUAAACACACGCGUGUCCAUCCUGGUGACUACAGAUGUGACAGGUUCUUCUCGGUCCUUAACCGGAGUAUCAUGAGAAUCUGUCCGCAAGUUAUCAGCACUUGCGCGUCGGACUGGACAGAGAGCGACGUGGAGGGAAAGUGCUUGGCCUACACGGAUAUUUACUGUAACAAGAAGUAUUUGUAUCGGAACCCUUACUGUGCCCACUGCAACCGUGUCAACUUGAAACACAAAUUCUCAUGCUUUUUAAUGGAAUCUGCUAGUUCCAGGGCAAACUUCUCUUGGUUACAGAAGUGGAACAGCAACAAAUAUGACGUGUUUCCUCUAGAGAAUCAUACAAGCAUUCAGGAUGCGGAUGAAGAGGACAAACGGAACUCUAUCCUGAAUUACAUCUCUCUUUUCGGCCUCUCUGUGUCGGUGGCUUGCCUCGUGUUGCACCUGGCGAUUUCCUCAGGCACUCCGCGGCUAAGGAACCUUCCGGCCAUGAACCUUGCUUCGCUCUGCGUGGCCCUGUUGCUUUUCUACUUUAUCUUACUGGUGAGGAUAGCACUCGACGGAAUUCCGCACGUGGGGCUCGAUAUCGCGAUGCAUUGCAGCCUGCUCGCCACCUUCUCCUGGAUGCUCGUCAUAUCCUUCGACGUGUGGAAUGCCAUCAGGAGGUCGACAAAGAAGCUUCAGUUAUCUUCAGGUAUGAAAUGGAAGCGCUUCGCUGUGUACUCCGUGUUUGGGUGGGUCGAGCCCGUCCUCAUCACUAUGAUUACCGUGCUCAGCGUGUCCAUAAUCAAACGCUAUAGCAACUUCCUGCGCAACAGUUGGUUCAGCAACCCUCUCGUCAGUCACGUGCUGGUAUCGGCCCCAUUCUGCGUCUUCAUGACCCUGAACAUUGCUUUCUUCAUCUGGAGCGCUUGUCUUGUCUACUCGACCAAGUCGAAGAUGGAAAGUAGGUCGACCGCAAGGACACAAUUAUGCCUCUUUGUCAGACUCUUUGUCAUCAUGGGACUCACCUGGGCCGGUGACCUGGUUGCCACAAUUUUUCGCAUUCAAGGUAAUGUAUGCACAUAUGCACACCCUGGACUGAUUAUAUCUUACUUGAGAACAUGGAACAAUAUCAUUGUAAUGUGCUCAGAAAUUACAACUCAAUGCAGCUGGGUGUUCACAUGAGCCAUUCACUGGUCCUUACCCUGAGCCACAUGAAUCCAGUCCACGCCUCUUCUUAUCUCUCUAAGAUUCAUUUCAAUGUCCCCGCACCUACGUCUAGACCUUCUUAGUGGUUCCUUUCCUUCUGGCUUUCCCACCAUAAUCCUAUAUGAAUUCUUCUCCGCAUGCGUGCUACACGCCA